AUGGAUAUGUCUGCUCUGUUUUUACCAACGGACUGUUGGCCAGUAUGGAACUUUGCCUGGUUACUGGCAGUACUACUGAUUCUUCCAACAUUUCUCAAAUGGAGUUGGCAGUUUUAUAUUAACAAGGUUUAUCCUGUGGACAAGACCUCAAGGAAACCCCUGCCUCCAGGGACACUUGGAUACCCAAUCAUUGGAGAGACCAUACAAUUUAUAAUCAAGUUUGCGAAGUACUAUCAUGAAAGGAGACAUAGAUAUGGUGCAAUUUUCAAAACACAUCUUAUGGGACGUCCAACCAUCCGUGUAUGCCAGGCAGAGUACAUAAAAACCAUUUUAAAUGGAGAGAACACCAUUGUUGUGUCACAAUGGCCUGAAGCUACAAGACGCAUUCUAGGAUCUGGUGCUCUGUCGAUGAUGUCUGGGGAGCCUCACAAGUUACGCAAGAAGUUCAUAGCUGCUGCGUUCUCCCAGGCAGCAUUACAAACCUACAUCCCAAGCUUCCAGGCAAUUUGUCGUCAGGACCUGAAAAACUGGAAGGAUAGUAAUCAUAUCAUUGCUUUCAGAGCAUGCAAGAACCUUACAUUCAAGAUAGCUGCUAAGGUACUGGUGGGCUUUGAGUAUGAUCAAUCAUCAGAUUUAGUGAAUCUGUUUGAAGUGAUGACGUACAACACCUUCUCCCUUCCCAUCAACCUGCCUGGGUUUGGUCUCUAUAAGGCAUUGAAAGCAAAGGAGAAGAUUGUUGCAGAGAUUGACAAACAUCUGAGGAGAAUUGAGGAGGAGGGUAGUGAUCAGGACUUUACCACAGCAAUACACCACAUCCUGUAUUCCCAGCAAGAGAAGACAACCAUUUCCAGGGAGGAACUCUGUGAGGCUGCUAAUGAGCUGCUCUUCACUGGAUACGACACUACAUCAAGUGGUCUCUGUUCAGUGCUCAUGUAUCUUGGUAGAAACAGGGAAUACCUGAACAGGCUACGGGCUGAACUCAAAGCCAAUGACUUGUUGGAUUAUGAAGACAACAAAAUCGACCUUAACUUGAAAAAAGUGAAUUCUCUCCCCUUCCUCCACUGUGUGAUGAAAGAGGUCCUGAGACUUGCACCACCUGUGGGAGCUGGUUUUAGACGGGCUAUCAAAACAUUUGAAAUCGGAGAUUACCAAGUACCAGAGGGGUGGACUGUGUCCUAUGGGAUUCGAGAAACCCAUCACAAUUCCCCAGUCUUCAGUAAAGCACUAGAGUUCAACCCUGACCGAUGGACAGGUGAAGUGUCUAACCUAGAAAAACAAGAAACAGGAAAAUUUAACUUUCUGCCUUUUGGUUAUGGAGGCAGAAUUUGUGUUGGGAGAGAAUAUGCUAAACUGCUUACAAAAGUGUUUAUUGUGGAACUGUGUCGAGCCUGUGAUUGGGAACUGGUGAACGAGGACAUCACCAUGACUUACAUUCCUGUGGCCAAACCAAAAGACUCUUUACCUAUCCAUAUAUAUGAAAGGGGAGAUAAUUAA